CAAGGCUGCCGUUGGAGACAUCUUGGCGGGCAAGUGUCCAGAUAAUAUACCUCUUUCACCCUCAUCUAUUGCCUUUUCCUGGUCCCUAACCUUUACAGCGACAUGUAGAUUACUCGAGGAGCCGCGGAGACAGGAAUCAGAGGGAAUACAACCCCUCUUGUCAGUGAAGUAAGAAAGUCUCCAUUGCCUCCACCAUGGCGAUGGAGAGCAAAGCACCUCUGCGGCAUGCCCGUAGGGUGCAGUUUGGUAUCCUCAGUCCUGAUGAGAUUCGCCGGAUGUCAGCGACAGAAGGAGGAAUUAAGUACUCCGAAGUGUAUGAGAAUGGGCGGCCCAAGCUAGGAGGGCUGAUGGACCCCCGGCAGGGCUGCAUUGACAGGAACACUCGCUGCACCACCUGUGCCGGCAACAUGACUGACUGUCCUGGACACUUUGGUCACCUGGACCUAGCUAAGCCAGUGUUUCACGUUGGCUUUCUUACCAAGACCAUGAAGAUUCUAAGAUGUGUUUGCUUUUAUUGUAGCAAGCUGCUCUUCAAUGCUCAAUACCCCAAGAUCCGUGAGAUUGUAACAAAGUCAAAAGGUCAGCCUAGGAAGAGGCUGCAGCACGUUUACAAUCUUUGCAAAGGGAAGAUGAUCUGUGAGGGUGGAGAUGAGAUAGAUGUCAACAAGGAUGGCGACGACCCCAACAUGGCAAAGAAGUCUGCAGGCCAUGGCGGGUGUGGCCGUUACCAGCCCAACAUUAAGCGAGUGGGCCUGGAGCUGGUGGCUGAGUGGAAGCACGUCAACGAGGACACACAGGAACGCAAGCAGAUCCUCACUGCAGAACGUGUCUUUGAGAUCUUCAAGCACAUCUCAGAUGAGGAGUGCUACCUCUUGGGCAUGGAUCCCAAGUAUGCCCGUCCUGACUGGAUGAUCAUGACUGUCUUGCCGGUACCGCCACUUCCUGUGCGUCCCGCUGUGGUGAUGCAUGGCUCAGCCCGUAACCAGGAUGAUCUCACGCACAAACUGGCAGACAUUAUCAAGGCCAAUAAUGAGCUGAUUCGCAAUGAGCAAGCUGGUGCUGCCGCCCACAUCAUUGUGGAGAACCUUAAGAUGCUACAGUUCCAUGUGGCCACACUAACAGACAAUGACAUGCCUGGCAUGCCCAGGGCACUACAGAAAUCUGGACGACCCUUGAAGGCUAUUAAAGCUCGUCUGAAGGGGAAGGAAGGUAGGAUCCGUGGUAACCUUAUGGGAAAGCGUGUGGACUUUUCUGCACGUACUGUCAUCACAGCUGAUCCCAACCUGCGUAUUGAUCAGGUCGGGGUGCCAAGAUCCAUUGCUCAAAACCUCACCUACCCGGAGAUUGUGACACCCUUCAACAUGACCAAAAUGAUGGAAUUGGUGAAGCGAGGCAACAACCAGUACCCCGGUGCCAAGUACAUUGUGCGUGAUAAUGGGGCGCGCAUUGACCUCCGCUACCACCCCAAGCCUUCAGAUCUUCACCUGCAGUGUGGCUACAAGGUCGAGCGACACAUCACUGACGGAGACCUCGUUAUCUUCAACCGUCAACCCACACUGCAUAAAAUGUCCAUGAUGGGCCACAGAGUGAAGGUUUUGCCAUGGUCAACCUUCCGUAUGAACUUGUCUGUGACAUCACCAUACAAUGCUGACUUUGACGGAGAUGAGAUGAACCUCCAUGUGCCUCAGAGCAUGGAGACUCGGGCAGAAAUAGAGAACCUCCACGUUACACCCCGCAUGAUCAUCACUCCUCAGGCCAACAAGCCAGUCAUGGGUAUUGUGCAGGACACACUUACAGCUGUCAGAAAGAUGACCAAGAGGGACGUGUUUCUGGAGAAGCAAGAGAUGAUGAACUUGCUGAUGUUCUUGCCCAUUUGGGAUGGUCGCAUGCCUCAGCCAGCCAUUCUGAAACCCAAACCAUUGUGGACAGGAAAGCAGCUCUUUUCACUCAUCAUUCCCGGUAAUCUCAACCUUAUCAAGACUCAUUCUACUCACCCUGAUGACGAAGAUGAUGGCCCAUAUGAGUGGAUAUCUCCUGGUGACACAAAGGUGCUGGUAGAACAUGGAGAACUAAUCAUGGGUAUAUUGUGCAAGAGAACCCUUGGGGCCUCAUCUGGAUCUAUGUUGCACGUUGCUUGGAUGGAGUUGGGACAUGAAAUUGCUGGCAGAUUUUAUGGUAACAUUCAGACUGUAGUCAACAACUGGCUGCUGCUGGAGGGUAUGAGCAUUGGUAUUGGAGACACCAUUUCUGACCCUUCCACCUACAAAGUCAUCCAGGAAACCAUUCGCAAGGCCAAGGAAGACGUGAUAGAGGUGAUCCACAAGGCUCACAACGAUGAGCUUGAGCCCACACCAGGUAACACCUUGAGGCAGACCUUCGAGAACCAGGUGAACCGAAUCCUCAACGAUGCUCGAGACAAAACUGGUGGAUCAGCCAAGAAGUCAUUGACUGAGUAUAACAAUCUGAAGGCUAUGGUGGUGUCUGGGUCAAAAGGCUCCAACAUUAACAUCUCUCAGGUUAUUGCCUGUGUGGGACAACAGAACGUUGAAGGUAAGAGAAUUCCCUUCGGCUUCAGGAAAAGGACACUCCCUCACUUCAUCAAAGAUGAUUACGGUCCUGAGUCCAGAGGCUUUGUAGAAAACUCGUACCUUGCCGGACUGACUCCUUCAGAGUUUUACUUCCACGCCAUGGGAGGUCGUGAGGGUCUCAUUGAUACUGCUGUAAAGACUGCAGAAACAGGUUACAUCCAGCGACGACUGAUCAAGGCUAUGGAAAGCGUAAUGGUAAACUAUGAUGGCACUGUGAGGAACAGUGUGAGUCAGGUGAUUCAGCUCAGGUAUGGAGAAGAUGGUCUGGCUGGUGAAUAUGUGGAGUUUCAGAAGAUGCCCACUGUCAAGCAGUCCAACCGGCGCUUUGAAGAACACUAUCGGUUUGAUGUCACUAAUGAGAGAUACCUUCGGAGGCUGUUCAAUGAAGAUGUUGUGCGGGAGCUGAUAGGAUCUCCAGAAGCCAUCAGCAUCCUGGAAGGAGAGUGGCAGAAGCUUCAGGAGGACAGAGUUGGGCUCCGGCAAGUGUUCACCAAAGGAGACACAAAGGUGGUGCUGCCUUGUAACCUGGAGCGAAUGAUUUGGAAUGUGCAGAAAAUCUUCCACAUCAACAAGCGCACCCCCACAGACUUGUCCCCAGUCAGAGUGGUGGAGGGAGUGAGGGAGAUGUUGAUCAAGUGUAACAUCGUGAGUGGAGAAGACAGAAUUAGUUUACAGGCCAACGAAAACGCCACAUUUUGCUUCCAGUGCUUGGUACGAUCCACACUGUGCACCAAAAAGGUUGCAGAAGAGUACAAGCUGACCACAGAAUCGUUCAACUGGCUUGUUGGUGAAAUAGAAACAAGAUUCCACCAGGCUAUUGCUGCUCCCGGAGAAAUGGUGGGUGCCCUUGCUGCCCAGUCCCUUGGUGAGCCGGCCACCCAGAUGACACUGAACACUUUCCAUUUUGCUGGUGUGUCAUCCAAGAACGUAACCCUUGGUGUGCCCAGGCUCAAGGAAAUCAUCAACAUCAGCAAGAAGCCCAAAGCUCCCUCCCUUACCGUGUUCCUGAUCGGUGCUUCGGCCAGGGACGCUGAGAAGGCCAAGAAUGUCCUCUGCCGUCUGGAGCACACCACACUGCGCAAGGUGACAUCAAAUACAGCUAUCUACUAUGAUCCAGACCCCCAGAACACCUGUAUCACCGAGGACCAGGAGUUUGUCAAUGUGUACUAUGAGAUGCCUGACUUUGAUGUGUCCAGGAUAUCGCCUUGGCUCCUCCGCAUUGAACUGGACAGGAAGAAGAUGACAGAUAAAAAACUGACAAUGGAGCAGAUUUCUCAGAAGAUCAACUCAGGAUUUGGAGAUGAUUUGAACUGCAUUUUCAAUGAUGACAAUGCCGAGAAACUUGUGCUCCGAAUCCGUAUUAUUGUGGGCGACGACAAGCUGGGAGACGAUGCUGAGGAGCAGGUGGACAAGAUGGAAGAUGACACUUUCCUGAGGUGUAUUGAGGCCAACAUGUUGAAUGACUUGACUCUGCAAGGCAUUGAGGCCAUCACCAAGGUGUACAUGCACUUGCCGCAGACUGAUGAAAAGAAGCGCAUCAUCAUCAACGACCAGGGAGAGUUCAAAGCUAUCGCCGAGUGGCUCUUGGAAACUGACGGCACCGCCCUCAUGAAGGUGCUCUCAGAACGGGAUGUGGACCCUGUGCGUACCACCUCCAACGACAUCUUAGAGGUGUUUGAGGUGCUUGGCAUUGAGGCUGUCAGGAAAUGUAUUGAGAAGGAGAUGAAUGCUGUGCUAAUGUUCUAUGGUCUGUACGUGAACUACCGGCACCUUGCCUUGCUGUGUGACGUGAUGACCAGCAAGGGUCACCUCAUGGCCAUCACUCGCCACGGCAUCAACAGGCAGGACACUGGCGCCCUCAUGAAGUGUUCCUUCGAGGAGUCUGUGGAUGUGCUGAUGGAGGCUGCAUCCUGUGCUGAGGUGGACCCCAUCCGAGGUGUGUCUGAGAACAUUAUGCUUGGACAACUUCCAAAGAUUGGCACUGGUUCCUUUGAUCUGGUGCUGGAUGAUGGCAAGUGCAAGCUGGGCAUGGAGAUCCCCAUGCCUGGGUCUGGCAUGAUGAUGGGUGGUGGCAUAUUUGGUGCAGCAUCACCACCAUCAGGCAUGACCCCUGCCCAGACUCCAUGGGCAUCAGGAGCAACACCCUCCAUGUCUCCAUAUGGUGCCUGGACCCCUGGUGUGGGCAGUGGCAUGACCCCAGGUGGUCCAUCCUUCUCCCCUGCUGCAGCCAGUGAAACUACUGGGUUAUCACCAGGUUACUCCCCAGCCUGGUCCCCUCAGCCUGGCAGUCCUGGCUCCCCUGGUGGAGUCAGUCCUUACUAUCCAAGCCCUGCUCCUCUGUCUCCUUCAUACUCACCAUCUUCCCCUGCCUACCAGCCCACAUCCCCGACCAUGACACCUGCCUCCCCAGGGUACUCCCCAACCUCCCCAACAUACAGUCCCACCAGUCCCCAGUACUCUCCAACCUCACCCCAGUACUCUCCCACCAGCCCAUCCUACUCCCCCACCUCUCCUUCAUACAGCCCCACUUCCCCUUCAUAUUCCCCCACCUCACCAUCCUAUUCCCCAACCUCACCAUCCUACAGCCCCACCUCCCCCUCAUACUCCCCAACCUCUCCAUCUUAUUCACCAACCUCACCCUCCUACUCCCCUACCAGUCCAUCCUACUCCCCAACUUCUCCAAGCUACAGCCCCACCUCCCCCUCUUACUCUCCCACCUCACCCUCAUACUCACCCACUUCCCCCUCUUACUCCCCAACCAGUCCUUCCUACUCCCCGACAUCACCCAGCUAUGCCCCCAACUACUCCCCAUCAUCACCAGGGUAUUCACCAACAAGUCCAUCCUACUCCCCAACAAGCCCCUCCUACUCCCCCACAUCACCCCAGUACUCCCCAGCCUCCCCCUCUUACUCCCCAUCCUCUCCAAAGUACUCCCCCACCAGCCCCAACUACUCCCCAACAAGCCCUACCUACUCUCCAGGGUCACCUUCAUACUCCCCCACAUCACCCAAGUACUCCCCAACCAGCCCCACUUACUCCCCCACCUCCCCUUCAUAUUCCCCAUCCUCGCCCAAAUACUCACCAACUUCCCCCAACUAUUCACCCUCCUCCCCCAAGUACUCCCCCACCUCCCCCACCUACAGUCCAUCCAGUCCCCAGUACAGCCCGUCAAGUCCCAAAUACUCCCCAACCUCCCCAACUUACAGCCCCAGCAGCCCCAAGUACUCCCCAACCAGUCCCACCUACAGCCCCACCACCCCUGGCUACAGCCCCACCUCGCCCCUCUACUCCCCGAGCUACGAGGAGGAGGAGGAGGAGCAGCGGCGCAAGGCGAAGAAGAAGUCCAAGCGUUAAAUCCCUCCACUCCUUACCUCACAAGUGGGUCCAUCUCCUUGUCACACACAAGAUUAUUGGCAGAUUCAGCGACAGGCAGUCCCCCUCGCCUGGCAGUAAUCUUGCACUCCUACUUGCAGUGCCUGUGUGGUUCUCUAUUCUUGCACUUUUUCUCUCACCAUUUGUGGAGACUGCUAAAAAGUAUGCUUUCACACACACGUUUAGAACGUGAUAUGUUCCUGUAUAGCUUUAUGUUUAGUGGAUUAUCAGUCACUGUUCACAUAUUUUGAAUAGAAUUAUGUGCAAGUUUAGUAUUUAGUGAACCUCUGCAGGGGUUAAGGUAUUGUUCAAUAUAUAUAUAUAUAUAUAUAUAUAUAUAUAUAUAUAUAUAUAUAUAUAUAUAUAUAUAUAUAUAUAUAUAUAUAUAUAUAUAUAUAUAUAUAUAUAUAUAUAUAUAUAUAUAUAUAUAUAUAUAUAUAUAUGAUAUUUGCUUUCUAUUAAUGUAUUUUUCAGUUUCAAAGGAAAGUUUCCAACAUGUUUUGGGUGUAUUUACAGGUGUUAUGUGUAAGAUGCCUCUAUAAUUUCUUUGCACAGUGACUGUGCAACAAUGUUAGACUUGCUCUAAGGUUCAUCUCAUAAUUAGAAAAAAAUCACUCAUGUAGUCAGAGGUCAACUACAUUAUAUAAUAUAUUUAUAUUUUAAGAUACUUUUUAGCUCUUAAUUAGAUAAAUGAAAAAGGUUGUCACAGUUGGAAAUAAAAGAAAAUUAUAUCACCCAA